AUGACGUAACAGAAGAAACCGCGAACCCAAACACGUCCACGUGUUAAGCGAGUGGUACACUUCGGAUCAGCGCCAAGAAGAAAAAGUCGCAGAACAACUAGCGGAGCUCGAAAAGCUAGACCAACCGACAGUAGCCGUCAUCUUAGUUCAGCAGGAGCUCAUUUCGCUCACACGCCUAGAAGCUCCGCAAGGUUCGAAAUUUCUUCAGAAAGCCUCGAUCGAUCGCGAGAACGACAAGCUCUACAGACAUCACAACCCAGCAGCAAAACUGCUGGAAGACUACUCGUUGGCGGACGCAAUCGCCUUCAGAAGCGCGACGAACGAAGGGAUCCAUCUCCCAGCCUCACGCACGAAGCCCGACAGAAGACCGGAAUCCCUCAACAUCGCGGAUUUCAAAACGUCCAGUCUGCGCUCAGACAAGCCUACGCAAGCCUACCGAGUUCAACGACACAGUGAGUUUCAAAUCUAG